AUGACAUUGAAAAAUUCAUCCUUUAGUAUUCCCAAUCAAACAAGAUCAUGUAUCGAUGACGGCAAUUUUGAAUCUACGCAAGGUAUCAUCCUCAUUGUUAAAAUUGUGGCAUUUAUUACAAUCUGUACAGUCUCCACAGUUGGAAAUCUUAUUAUUGCUUACGUUAUUGUUCGUACUCAUCGAUUGUGGACUUUUACUAAUAUUAUGAUGCUAAAUUACAGUAUUGUAACGUUGCUAUUCUUAGCGUCAGGAUUAUUACAAUUUAUAACCGAUAUAAUCUAUCGUGAAUCAUGGCCCUUUGGAGAGUUCCUUUGCAAGAUUACAUAUUCUUCAUUUGUUGUAACUGUAGUUGUGUCUGCAUUUUCCAUAACCUUUAUGUGCUAUGCACGCUAUCGGGUUAUCUGUUUGCCGCUUAAUAUCCAGCCAAAUCGAAGACAAGCACUCUAUAGUAUAAUAUUUUCUUGGGUUGUAGCUAUUGCUUGUAUGAUUCCCUAUGCUAUAGUUUUAAAGAUUACCCGCUAUGGUAAGAAUGAUUAUUGUGUCAUCGAUAGCUCGUGGGGAAAUGGAGGGCAUCGACCUGUUUACGAUUUUAGCAUUUUUGCUAUUACCUAUUUUAUGCCUAUGCUGGUAGCAACUUAUUAUAAUAUUCGAGUAAUAAAGGGCUUGAAAAUAGGUCGAAGUUAUCGUUCCAAAAGUCAUCAUAAAUUAAGUGGCAAUAGCUAUUACCAACCAGAUGAAAGUAUUGAUCAAGUUAAAGAGAAAUUACGCCAAAUGUCAGUAUUUAUAUUUACAGCUUAUUUAAUAGCUUGGUUACCUUAUUGGAUUUAUGUUCUGUUAAUUAAUACCAAAAUCUUAAACGCCAUCAUACUACAGGUUAAAAAAUUCGAUUGUCAUAUCAUAUCAAAAGUACUAAUAGUUCGCACCUUUACCAAGUAUAUUGCUUACUUUUAUAGUACUUCUAACGUCUUUGUUUGCUACUAUUACAAUCCUCAUUUUAAUGCUGCCUUCAAGUCCAUCUUUUGCUGUAAACGAUGUAUAAAGGGUUCUGAUUGUUCAUUCGAUCAAGAUCAGCGUUUUUGCUCUAUCUAUAAAUGUAGUUAUCGAAGUGAUACACCAAUAUAUUCUUCACGCGGUUGCAACGAAGAUAGUGGAAACAAGAUUGAAUUUUUUUGCCAAAUCGUGAUGAUAACAUUUUCAUUAUUUAUCUUGUCCUUGCGUGAUACCUAA